AUGGGUAUCAUUGGUGCUUUCCUUGCCUUCUGGCAUUCCCAUAUAUUCCUUACUCUUCCCGAGCCCACCAAGCUCUUUACCGGCCAGACCAUUGUUGUAACCGGGUCCAACACGGGUCUUGGGCUCGAAGCAGCACGUUACUUCGUGCGCCUUGACGCUGCCAGAGUAAUCCUAGCUGUGCGUAGCCUCGAGAAGGGCAACACGGCCAAGUCCUCCAUCGAGGCCUCGGAAGGGCGCACGGGUGUCGUUGAGGUCUGGGAGCUCGAUCUCUCGCGGUACGAGUCGGUCAAGGCAUUCGGUGAGCGCGUCAGCAGCCAUCUCGAGCGCCUCGACGUCGUGGUCGAGAAUGCCGGCGUGCUGACGCAGAAGUGGGCCAUGGCCGAGGACAACGAGAUCACCAUUACCGUCAACGUGGUGAGCACGUUCUUGUUGGCAUUGCUCGUCCUGCCCAAGUUGAGGGAGACUUCGGUCAAGUUUGGGAAAGACGCCGUCCUGACUUUCACGGGGAGUUUUGUGCACUGGAUUACCUUAUUCCCGGAGAGGAACGCGAAGAGCAUUCUCGAAGAGACCGCGAAGAAGGAGAACGCGAGGCUCUGGGAUAGAUAUAAUGUCUCGAAGUUGAUGGAGACCUUGGCAUUUCGCGAGUUCUCGGAGAAGCUCAUGCAAUCUUCAAAUCCGGGCAAUGUCAUCACCUCUAUUCUGAAUCCCGGUGUUGUGGAAACAGACCUGAACCGUGAAGUGCAGCUGGGAAUCCUUGGAAUACCAAGGAGAAUCUUCAUGAAGGUGGUUGGCCGGAGCCCGCAUGAAGGCAGCAGGACACUAGUCCACGCUGCAGUAGGUGCACCCGAGACCAAUGGGCAGUAUCUAGAUGAUUGCCGAGUGGGAGAAUUCUCAACAUUUGUGCAAAGUCAAGAUGGCAUUGAGACACAAAAGAGGCUUUGGGUUGAGCUUGUGGAGAAGUUGGAACACAUUUCCCCGGGCAUCUCCCAGAAUAUCUAG